AUGAGCGACGAUGAAGAGCCACCGCUGAAGAAGAAUAAGCUGCCAGUAGAAGAACCAACCUUGAUUCCUUCACUUCCAGAGGAGUUGAUAUUGAGUAUCUUAGCCCGCGUCUCGAGAUUGUCUUAUCGAUCUCUCUCCUUAGUCUGCAAGCGCUUCCACUCGCUCCUUACUUCAGGAGAGAUUUACCGGUUCCGGUCACUAUCAGGUUAUACCGAGAAUUGUCUCUAUGUGUGCUUACGUUUCUCUCAUACUGGCCGUAGCCAUCGCUGGUUCAUGCUUCGUGAGAAGAACAAGUCAAGUGGGUAUGUUUUGGCACCAAUCCCAAUUUCCCAUUCUCCUUCUUUGCACGCGUCGAGUAUCGUGGCGGUUGGUUCUAAAAUCUACAAAAUUGGCGGAGUCAUGGAUGGAUCUAGUGUUUCAAUCCUAGACUGCUGGUCUCACAGGUGGCUCGAAGCUCCAAGCAUGCAGAUGGAACGGGACCGCCCAUCAGCCAAUUUAAUUGAUGGAAAGAUAUACGUAACAGGAGGCUGUCACAGAGGCUCCUACAAUCCAUCAAAGUGGAUGGAGGUUUUCGAUCUAAAAACCGAAACUUGGGAGCCUGUAUUGUGCCGUUCAGAUAGAUUGACGUUCGAGAGUUAUCAUGAACGAACUAAUAACUUAUUGGUUGAUGGAAAGCUAUACAUUUUUUGGGCUGAUAAGGGUGUGGUUUACAAUCCCAAGGAUGAUACAUGGGAUAGUUUAGAAGUACCGGAGAUGGAUAUGUGUUUGACAUUGUUUUAUUGUUGUGUGAUAGAGAACGUGCUUUAUGAUUUUUUUUACGAAGAACUUGAUAUCAAAUGGUAUGACACUAAGGCAAGAACUUGGAGAAGUUUGUUGAAUGGUAUGAGAGAACUGCAUAAGUUUGUUCGUCAUGCCAGUGUUACGUUGGCGGAUUAUGGUGGGAAAAUGGUAAUGUUUUGGGAUAAGUUUGUGGCUUCUGGUGAUGGUCUUGGCUUUCAUAAAACGAUGAUGUGGUGUGCGAUGAUUGCACUUGAAAGAAGUGAUAGUGGAGAGAUUUGGGGGAAGGUCGAGUGGUUUGGUCCAGUGCUUCCAAAUCAAAUUCCCCUGGAAUAUGCAUUUGAGUAUGUCGGUUCUGUCAAAGUUUGA